AUGGCAGAUCACACGGCCAACAAAGUCUACCUUGACUAUCCUCCAGCAUUGACCCCCGAGCAGGAGGAGUACCUUGUCCAGACAGUGAAAAACUGGACUGUAGAGCAUGGGCUUACGGUUAGACCAUCCACGGCCAUAGUCCCAGAGGAGACAAACCCGAAGAAUGUCCUCGCUACUAAUGCCCCAGUUACUCUGUUUCCAAGCCCCUUUCCCAAAGCUUGCUUUGAGCUGGCGAAAAGCAUCCAGCCAGUCUACAAUGAGCUGUACGCCAGCAUCGCCAGUGACGAGCAGUGGCUGGAAGAGAUCAUGAGAGAGCUUAUAGAGGUCGAUGACUUCCUUGCCAAUCUCUGGAAGAUACACAUUGCCGUCAAGGAAGAGGGCUAUGUUCAAGACCUGUUUCUGGGCAUGUUCCGCUCUGACUAUAUGGUUCACACUGCGGAACAGGCGCCACCAUCCCUCAAGCAAGUCGAGUUCAACACCAUCUCCUCAUCGUUCGGAGGCCUAGCUUGCCUUGUUGCAGAUAUGCAUACCCAUCUUGCGACCUACCCCUCACCAAAACACUCAGUGGCGUAUCCUUUACAUCCGCUGUUUGCAAACUCAGCGGGCGACACCUCUAUUCGUACCAUCGGGCAUCCGCCUCACAAUGAGGCCGUGGCGACCUUGACCGCGGGCCUCGCGGCCGCUCAUGUGGCGUAUGGACCUUCGAGAUCAGAACCCAGACUCCCAACCUGCGUUAUCUUUCUCGUCCAAGACAACGAGCGCAACGUCUUCGACCAACUGGCCCUUUCUACCCAUCUGUACAAACACCAUCACAUCCCCUCAUUCCGCCUCCCAACCAGCAAGAUUCUAGCUUAUACGUCCAUUCCAUCGAAGGAGAGUAAUCCUAAUCGUCCGCUGAUUUACACACCUCCAUCCUCCCCUUCCACUCAAUUUGAGGUCACGGUAGUGUAUUUCCGAGCACUCUACGCUCCCACAGAAUACAACACACCCACGUCAUGGGCCGCUCGCCAUCACCUGGAACGCAGCGCGGCGAUAAAAUGCCCCACCAUCCUCCUCCAUCUUUCCGGCUCCAAGAAAGUCCAACAAGUCCUCACCGCCAGGCCUCCCGACACAGACCACCUCAAAGCCUUCCUCCCAACCCACCCUGAGAGCGUUCUCGAAAACCUCCGCUCGACCUUUGCUCCACAAUAUUCCCUGUCCGCUUCCGCCUCCGAGGCAUCCGGUGAACCGGAGGGAAUCCGCCUGGCUCUCUCCGCCGAGACGGCAGCGAACCACGUGCUGAAGCCACAACGUGAGGGGGGCGGCAACAACAUCUACCGCACCAACAUCCCGCCUUUCUUAAAUUCUAUCCCCAAGUCUCAGUGGAAGCAGUACAUCUUGAUGGAACUGAUCCGGCCACCCACCGCAGCUAAAAAUACCGUUUUGCGGAGUGACGGACAGGUCGUCAGUGGCAACGUUAUUUCCGAACUAGGUAUAUUUGGCACCUGUCUUUGGAGAAAUACCCCGGGUGACACGAAGCCUGAGAUUUUACAUAGCACAGAGGGCGGCUACCUCUUAAGGACCAAAGGAAAGGAUAGUGAUGAAGGGGGCGUUGCCGCCGGUUUCAGCUCUUUGGAUAGCUUGAUAUUAUACGAAGAAUACUAG